GCUUUUUUAUGCAACCUGAUGACGAAAUCGUAUUUGCUUGGCAGAGGAAACUGGAGAAGAAUGUCUUUGACUGUCGCAGAACGAAUGAGAUAAACAACAGCAAGAAUUCUGAGCAAUUUUGAUAUAAUGUUUUUAAAAAUAUAUACAUAUAUAAUUUUAGUACAAUGAUAUGCUGAACUGAGAUGUAAAUAAAGAGAGAGGGAAGAGAGAGACGGUGUGUGAGAAGAGAGAAACAGGUUUAUUUGUGAAAACUUGUCAAUUUAUUGAUUUGGUGGCGAUUCCAGCCUGGAUUCUGAUUCCCAGAUUCAACUUAUUCCUCUCUUGACAUUCAAGUCUUUCACCAAUUUAGUGGAAUGCGUCUGGAUUCAUAAAAUACUUUAACGCGUACAUUUCUUCUCUUAUCUCUCUUUAAUUUUUCAUCUAAAUUUAGUUUUCUUUUCAUCGAAGCAACAACAAUGUAAGGAGAAACCUGUUCGAUUGGGACAUCCCCCCUUUUCAUAUAAACAAAAAGAAGAAGAAAAAUAUACUCGGAAAUUCCAACUUGAAAUGGAUAAAUGGUCAUGAAGGAAAAAAACAACACGUUUCUAUGCCUGAGUUUUCUUUGAGAUUCUCCUACCUGUUGGCAAGUUACCCUGUUGCUCUAUCUCGACACAUUGCCGCAGAAAACAACGGAAAUAGAUUGGAGAAAAGACAGAUAAGGACAUUUAUAAGCAAUCUGUGAUUGUGCUUUGCUUGAAGCCAGUGACGACCGCAAAAUGAGGCCAAUAUCGAGUAUUUGCUGAGGUUUUGUGAAAGGUCAGUUAUAGAUAAUGCAGGAAACACAGUAUAAGAAUUUCAAAAGUAAAAGGAAAGUUUGCAAAAUAGUUUUAAAAAUCAUUGAAGAAAAAGGAAACCUCUGAAUAAAUAUCCAUAUUCCACACACACAGACCAAUAUGUCUCUUUUUCGGAAACUUCUUGGUGGCAAUGAGCCAAUCAAACCAGCAACUCCACCUGGACACCAACCCAUGGGGGCCCAACUUCAGCGGAAAUUCGCAAAAGGAGUUCAAUAUAACAUGAAGAUCGUGAUCCGUGGUGAUAGAAAUGUUGGUAAAACCUGUUUAUUCUACCGGCUGCAAGGAAUGAAGUUUCGGGAAGAAUAUAUUCCAACAGAUGAGAUCCAGGUGACCAGUAUCCAGUGGAAUUAUAAAGCUACGGACGAUGUUGUGAAAGUUGAAGUUUGGGAUGUUGUCGACAAGGGAAAGAAAAGGAAAAAAAUUGAAGGUUUAAAAAUGGAAAAUGUUGACCAGAAUAUGGAAGACCAUUGUCUGGAUGCUGAAUUUGUAGACGUUUACAAAGGUACAAACGGAGUUAUCAUGGUAUAUGAUGUCACAAAACAAUGGACUUUCAGUUAUGUUGAGCGUGAACUUGGUAAAAUUCCAAGCCAAAUCCCUGUACUGGUGUUAGGGAACCACAGAGACAUGGGACAUCAUCGUGUUGUCUUAGAAGAUAAAGCUAUUUAUUUCAUAGAAAGUUUAGACAGAGGAAAAGAUGCUGCCCAGAUACGAUAUGCUGAGUCUUCCAUGAGAAAUGGAUACGGUCUGAAGUACUUACAUAAAUUCUUUAACUUACCAUUCCUUCAAUUACAAAGGGUCACUUUGCUGAAACAGCUGGAAAUCAAUUCAGAAGAUAUUCGCUCCACAAUUGAAGAACUCAAUAUCCAUGAAGAAUCAGAAGAGCAAAACUAUGAUAUAUUUAUAGAUAACCUCUGUGCCCAGCGGCGACAACAACAAGAAAAGCUAGCUGAGAAAAUUAUGGAAGAAGCCAAACAAAGGCAGGCUGAGUUAGCUGCCUCUGGUGUCAUAACAAAUGGGACAACAUCACAGCCUGUUUCUCGGUCAGCAUCUGCCAAUUCUUUACCUAAAUUACCAACAUCCCAGUCUUACUCUCAUUCCUUACCUGGUUCCGUUAUGCAAAUGCCCCCUACUUCUCUGCAGUCCCCUACAAAUCAGCCGCCAGCCUGUAAUGGUGGAGGUGCAGGAGGAGGAGUAGCCGUAACCGGAGCAGCUGGAAAUGCAUCUUCCUCCGCUGGCAGUACACCCCAGGCAGAGCCGAAAACUGGCUUCUUUUCUCGGAUAUUUGGAAACAAGUUGCAGUUAUCCACCCCAGAUGUUAACAGUCAAACAAAAGCUGUGGAAGUUAAUGUUGAAAAGGCUGUGAAAAGUGUUGAGGAAUUUAUUCCAGAUGGUGAAGAACUGGACAGUAGCUUUCUGGAUGAUACGAAGGAUCAUCGAAUGACUGCUUCAUGUAAUCCAGCUAAUAAAGACAAGGAAAGUGACAGUGAUGAAGACUACAGUGGCAAUCCUAUGGUAGCGGGUUUCCAAGAUGACCUUGACUCUGAGGAUGAAGUCACUCUGAAGAACGCUGGUGACAACAGCAAGCUCCCCAUCAUGCCAAACCUUGACCUCUCCAGUGAUGAAGACAUUCUCAUUGUUCCAGUUGCGUCCAAGAAGCUCUCUCUCUCUGCCAGCAAGGACAACACCAACGACAGCAAGAAGUCGACCAAUUCCUCCUCUUCCAACUCUUCUACAACUUUCUCACAGAAGGCCAACCGGAAACUUUCUUCAGAAUCAGAGCCUGACAUCUCUGAUAAAGUCCAAAUUGCAGGUAAAACAAUCAAAGAGCCGAGAAACGAUGAGGAGCAACAUUCGGAAGAUAACGAAGAUGCAUCACAACCUCAUGUGGCCCAGGAUAUUGAAGAUAUCAGCGAAGAUGAGAACUCAAAUGAUAUGCCCAACAGUCUAACACAGAGUUCAGCAGAGAUCCCAGGAAGUCACUCGAUCCCAUCAAUAGAUUUAACAUACGAAGAUCUUAGUGUUUUGGAGAAAGGAUUUAAUUCUUCAGCAAAUGCCGACUCUUCCAUUUGGACACCUGGAGAUACAGACCACGACUCUGUAACGAGUGAGAAGAAAAAAAAGAAGAAGAAAAAGGAUAAAGACAAAGAUGAAGAAAAGUCAAGUAAAAAAUCCAAAAAGAAAAAAGAAAAAGGUCGAGAGUUGAGUGGAAGCAAGGAAAGUAGCAGCAGCAGCAGUGGCAGCAGCAAAGUGAAGAAGAAAAGCAAAAAAUCCAAAGAAAACCAGAAAGAACUUGGACAACUGGAAGCUUUUCUUGUAGAAGAUAAUGUCACUGAAGAGUUGACGCCAAGACCAACCGCGUACACUGGGGGGGAAGAUUACGAGUCUCUUUGAAUCUGGGCAGCCGAGAAGAUGGAUGAAAACUACUUCAGACUAAUUUUUAGGAAGAUUUUGAUAAUCCAUAUCUUAUCUCCCCUCCCACCACCCUCGUAUCAGCUGAUAACAAGAUGUCUGUACAAAUAUAUACAUAUAUGAUGCAAAUUUUAUAAAUGAUAGUUAAUAUAUGUAAUAUAUAAUGUGUAUAUAAAAAGAAACCAUAUAUAAUGUAAUUAGAUAUGUAUUUA